CAAACACAAAAAGAAAAAACUUUUAAAAUCAAAAAUGCAAGCUGUUAUUGUUAAACAACCUGGUGACGCGUCUCAACUUACCAUCGGUACCUUUGAAAAGCCUACACCUAGCGAUACUGAACUUUUGGUCAAGGUCAAAUGCUUUGCCCUCAACCGUAUGGAUAUCAUGCAAAGAGAAGGUAACUACCCCGUUGCCACCAAAGGCAGUCCUCUUCUCGGUGUCGAGAUCUCCGGUACCGUUGAAGCCAUUGGCAAAGAUGUCAAGGACUUCAAAGUGGGUGACGCUGUAUUUGGUUUAAUGCCUGGUGGAGCUUAUGCCCAAUAUGCGGUCAUCGAAUCCGCUUUAACCAUGCAUAAACCUGACGGUCUUUCAUUCGAGGAAGCCUCGGCUAUUCCCGAGACUUGGUUUACUGCUUACCAAGCCUUGUUCUUUGUCGCUGAGAUGAAAAAGGGACAGGAUGUCUUGAUUCAUGCAGGUGCCUCCGGUGUAGGCAUCGCCGCUAUUCAACUUGCCAAGGAAGCCGGCGCUAACCGAAUCUUUGUCACAGUGGGCUCAGAUGAAAAGGUCAAGUUUUGUGAGAGCAUCGGUGCUACCAAAGGCAUCAAUUACAAGACUGAAAACUGGUCCGAUGUGAUCUUGAAGGAAACGGAAGGCAAAGGUGUUGAUGUAUUGGUGGAUUUCAUCGCUAGAGAUUAUUGGAAGCAAAACAUUGAAGUCAUGGCUGUCGAUGGUCAUUGGGUUAUUUUAGCUUACAUGAGUGGUAGCGUCAUUGAAACGUUUGAUAUGAUCCCUUUGCUCCGUAAGAGAAUUCGCAUUGAAGGAUCCAAUUUACGUGCUCGUUCGCUUGAAUAUAAGGGCAAGUUGCGUUGCGCCAUUUACAACAAUGCCGUGCUUAAACAUUUUGCCAAACAAGAUGGUGAAUUGAAGGUGCUUGUUGACAAGGUGUAUGACUGGGAGGAUAUUCAAGAUGCUCACAAGUACCUCGAAAGCAACCAAUCUAUGGGUAAAAUCGUUGUCAAGGUUACUCCCAAUCAAUAACUUUUUUUUCUUAAUAAAGUAAAACAUUUCAAAGCAUAAAAA